AUGAAGAUCACCAGCUUAGUUUACGGCCUUGCGUCGGCUCAUGCUGCCCUGGCGUCUCCCCUGCGUGCGGCCCUCGCCAAGUUUGCAGACAUCGUGCCCUUCUCCCAAGACGAGAUCACCAUCAACUCGGUCCGCACCUCUGGAUCGGGGUGCCCGCGGCGCGCAGUGACCAUCGACAUCAGCGAGGACCGGACGGUCGUGACGCUCGGGUUCGACGAGUUCCAGACGUUUUUCGGGCGGCGCUACGGCAACUCCAACACGAGCCGCGACAAGAACUGCGACAUCCGGCUGAACCUGCACUACCCGAGCGGGUACACGUUCGCCGUCCUGGACGCCACGUACCACGGCUUCGCGCAGCUCGACAGCGGCGUCGUGGGCAGCGUCAGCUCGUCGUACUCGUUCCCCGACGACCGCAGGACCGGCCGCGCCGGCCGGAGCAGUGCCACGCAGACGACCAUCGCGGGUGGUGGCGCCUACGCUGACGGCGCCGUCUAUACCAAGCACGACGUCGUGCCCGUCGCGGCAAGAGUCGUUGGGCCCUGCGACGGCAAGAACACGACGCUGCUGAUCCGCACGCGCAUCAACCUCAACUCCAACAACGACAGCGCGUCGGGCACGCUCACGGGCGACGACGCUUCUAUUGCCUUGACGCAGCAGGUGCAUUUCGGAUGGGCGGCCUGCGAUCCGUCGGCAACUGGUUAG